UCAGUAUUACAUCGAGAAGGUCCAGUUUUUUUUUUCGCUUGUACCCCCCCAGCGACUUUGCUCUGACGCUCACGGCGUAAACAUCGAUUGAGCUGACCCAUCGGCUGCAAUCGCCUCUUACUUUGUUGUCCCCAAGAUUGCAGUUCUCUUUAUCCGCUUCUCGGUUUCACUGAACUGCCUGAUCCCAGCGGCUACGGGGACAGUGUUUGGGGAGGGGCAAUUAUUUCAUAGAGGGGGCUUCUUGAGAGUGAGAUCCAGAAGGUGCUGAGUUCUGGGAGGCGGUCUGUAGUGUGUGACGGUUUCAGCUGGGAAGUUGAACAAGUUAACAGGAGACAACUGUGUGUGUGUGAGAGAGAGAGACAGAAUGAAUGAAUGAAUGAGUGAGUGAAAGCCGCCUGGACACAUUGAGACAGGACGACCGGGAGCUCUCUCUGACUUCAGGGGAGUCCAUGUGUGGCGACGAGACCCGGAGAGGUUAUUGUGGUCCGUCUCAGCUGGAGUUGGAGUGAAUUUCACCAAAUCACAAAGGUUUCGAGUCCUGGAUUCGCCGCUUUCUUAACACUCCCGCUGUUGGAUUGGACGGGAAAUCUUACUGCAGUUUUGUUUAAAAAAAUAUUGGUACUGUAUCGAUCCAGGACGGGAAGUUAGAGGAGAAUCUACAAUGCUGAGCCUGCUGGGGACACUACAUUUUCUCUUGCUGCUUCUCAUCGCCUGGACUACGGGUUCUAGGCUCCGUCUGGAAGACUCUGCACCCCGGGUCAUUGAGCACCCUUCGGACCUGAUUGUGUCGAAAGGGGAGCCAGCCACACUAAACUGCAAAGCAGAAGGACGGCCCACCCCCAUCAUUGAAUGGUACAAGGAUGGAGAGCGAGUGGAGACGGACAAGGAUGACCCUCGCUCCCAUCGCAUGCUACUCCCCAGUGGAUCACUCUUCUUCCUGCGCAUUGUGCAUGGCCGGAGGAGCAAGCCGGAUGAAGGCGUCUACGUAUGUCUGGCUAGGAAUUACCUCGGGGAGGCGGUCAGUCGAAACGCAUCGCUGGAAGUUGCGAUCCUGCGGGAUGAUUUCCGUCAAACACCCAGUGAUGUUGUGGUGGCAGCUGGAGAGCCCGCUGUGAUGGAGUGCCUUCCACCCAGAGGGCAUCCAGAACCAACUAUCUCCUGGAAGAAAAACAACAUCCUCAUUAACGACAAGGAUGAGCGGAUCACGAUCCGUGGAGGAAAGCUGAUGAUCUCAAACACAAGGAAGACUGAUGCUGGUAUGUACGUCUGUGUGGCAACCAACAUGGUGGGCGAAAGGGACAGUGAGCCUGCAGAUUUGGUCGUAUUUGAGCGGCCCACCUUCAUCAAGCGUCCAAUAAAUCAAGUGGUCCUGGCAGAUGACACGGUGGAUUUUCACUGCGAGGUGCAUGGGGACCCGGUUCCAACAACGCGUUGGCGCAAGGAAGAGGGAGAGCUGCCACGUGGAAGGUUUGAGAUUCAGGCUGACAACAGCCUACGGCUGGCACGGGUUGACAGUGAGGAUGAAGGAACAUACACCUGUAUUGCAGAAAACAGUGUGGGUAAAGUUGAGUUCUCAGGCACUCUGACUGUACACGUGCCACCACAGAUCGUUGUGAGACCUCGAGAUCAGAUUGUAGCUCAGGGCCGCACCGUGACCUUCCUCUGUGAGACGAAGGGGAACCCUCCUCCCGCUGUCUUUUGGCAAAAAGAGGGAAGCCAGAUCCUGCUUUUUCCCAGCCAGCCUCAACCUUUGGGGCGUUUUUCUGUCUCUCCGAAAGGCGAACUGACAAUUACCGAUGUGCAGUCGGGUGAUUCUGGAUAUUACAUGUGUCAGGCAAUCAGCGUUGCUGGCAGCAUCUUAUCCAAGGCCCUCCUGGAAGUAGAAGACGUCUCUUCAGAUUGGAUACCACCCAUCAUCCGCCAGGGCCCCUCUAACCAGACAUUCGCCGUUGACUCCACAGCACAGCUUCAGUGUCAUGUGAUUGGGAACCCUCUUCCCAGUGUUCACUGGCUAAAAGAUGGGCAGAGGAUCCUGGGUAAUGACCCUCGUAUUAGUAUGCUGGAUAACGGGACCCUCCAAAUAACUAAUGUACAGGUAACCGAUUCUGGCAUGUACAUUUGUGUCGCCACGGGAUCAAGUGGGGAGACCACAUGGAGCGGAUACCUGGAAGUGCAAGAAAGCGGCAGCCCAACACGCACCCUGUCAGCAGAACCGGACCUACUGCCUGGCCCUCCAUCUAAACCACUGAUCACAGACGUCACCCGUAAUAGUGUCACCUUGUCAUGGCAACCAAGCCAGCACUUUGGAGGCUCGCCAGUCACGUCGUAUAUCAUCGAAGCGUUCAGUCAAUCUGCAGGAAGCACAUGGCAGACAGUGGCCGAGUAUGUGAAAGGAGAAAAACACACAGUGACUGGUCUGAAUCUCAACACUAUCUACCUGUUCAUUGUACGUGCAGUCAACAUGUACGGACUGGGAGAUCCGAGCCCCAUCUCUGAACCUGUCCGAACACAAGAUGUAAGUCCCACGGGACAGGGGGUGGACCAUCGGCAAGUACAACGUGAGCUCGGGGAGGUGGGAUUGCAGCUGCAGCCUCCUGUCACCUUGACAUCCACAACCAUCCAGGUCACCUGGACAGUUGAUCGCCAGGCUCAGUUUAUUCAGGGUUACCGUGUAAUGUACCGAACCAAGACUAGCACCUGGCUUGUCCAGGAUGUGAAAUCUCCAGCCGAGCGCACAACCAUUCUUGUUGACUUGAAGAAAGGCACCGAGUAUGAAAUUAAGAUCCGCCCAUAUUUCGAUGAGUUCCAAGGAAUGGACAGUGAAUCUGUCACGAUACGGACGCCAGAAGAAGCCCCCGCUGCUGCACCACAAGCUGUUACCGUGGCGACAAUUGGCUUGAGCAAUAGCACCAGUAUCAGUGUGUCCUGGGAGCCCCCCCCUGCUGAGGAGCAGAAUGGAAUCAUCCAGGAGUACAGGAUUUGGUGUCUGGGAAAUGAUACCCGUUUCCACGUCAACAAGUCGAUUGAUGGGACUGUCCAUUCAACAGUGGUGCGGGGGUUGAUAGCUGGCGUCUUGUACCGUGUGGAAGUAGCAGCGGCUACCAGUGCUGGAGUUGGCGUACGAAGUCAACCUGCGACUGUCCUUAUCAGUCUACCUUCAGACCAGGAACCAGUGCCCGUUGAGGACAAUGAGAAUGUCAGCCUGGCAGAGCAGAUCACAGAUGUGGUGAAACGGCCAGCAUUCAUCGCUGGCAUUGGGGGAGCAUGCUGGGUAAUCCUGAUGGGCUUCAGUGUGUGGCUGUACUGCCGCAGAAAGAAAAGGAAAGAGCUCAGUCAUUUCACUGCUUCCUUUGCAUACACGCCAGCAGUAGCUUUUCCACACGCAGAGACCGCGGGCAUUGCAAGCAGCAGGCCAGGAAUGCUGAACGCAAACGUCACCAACUACCCCUGGCUGGCAGACUCGUGGCCAGCUUCCAACCUGAUGCGGAAUGGGAAUGGAAAGGAACCCACUGCCAGCUCCUGUGUGGCAAAACAUGAAGCUACAGAGCGAUUCUACAAUGAUGCUGGCAUUUCCAAUUAUAUUGCCCAGACGGAAAAAUUUGGAACAAUGGUCUCGGAUGGCCCCAUCUACAGCACUAUUGACUCUGCCAGCGAUGAGAUGCGCACAUUCAAUGGGGCCUUCCCACCUCAGCAGACCACACUUUAUGCCAGCACACCUGUGGUGCCACUUGGAGUUCAGAACCAAUACACAGCGGACUCUGUCAACGGGCACUGGGGCCUACAACCUGGACCCUCCAAUGCCCAGUACUCACAGCCUGAACGUGGGAAGUCAGAAGCUGGUGGGAAAUCUGGGAAGCAGAAAUUAAAUGCCAAGCCAGUGAAAGCUCCACCCAUGAACUGGACAGAUUUACUCCCACCGCCUCCACCCAGUGUUGACAUUGAUUCAUAUGAGGAUGAAGAGGAAUUGGACCCUAGCAUUGAUGAGUGGUGCCCCCCGCUCCCUGAAAGGACCUAUUUAGUGGAUGGCUGCCAUGAUGAUGAAGGCCCACCCCCCCCACCUCGUGGAGAGGCAUCAUCUCCAGCUACUUCGUACGGACAGCAAUCCACCGCAACAUUAACACCCUCACCUCGGGAAGAGGCACGUUCAACUGGCCACAGUGUCACUGAGGAUAUCCCAAGGCUGCAUCAGUUUGAGAUACCACAUUUACCCCGGCGACUCCCAGUUGGACCAGUGCCUCUGCCUAGACCUCCAACCCCUCCACCAUCACAGAACAGCCAAAACAUGAAUGGUUCUGAAGACACUAUUGUAGAAUCUGCUGCUCCCCAUCGGCAUGGACACAGACGCAAUCUGAGCCAGACACCAGUAAUAAGCAAUGAAAAUGUCAGUGUACCUGGAACAGGAAAGACGAGACACACUCCAGGGAUGGGGAAUAGCAGCAUGAACACUCCACCCAGCCAGAAAGCUCGGUCCAAAAAGAAAGCCAAGCCGAAUCAGUAUCGCCGUGAUCUCUCUCAGGGGGACCUGCCACCACCACCUGAACCUCCCCCAGCUGAUGGACUUGUAGAGACACCUUACCUACAGCCCACUGGACUGGAGAGCAGCCUGACCUCACUGGACCACGAUGGCAGUGCCUCAUCCACAGAGAGGAGGCCAUCAGCCGACCAGCGAACAGAGAGCGCACAUUCUCACAACAGAGCAGCUUCGACACGGCACAAACAUGAGGAUGACUUGAUACCAUACAACAAACCUACCUUCCUGCAACGGGGUCAAAUGUCGAGUAAUUGCUCCACAACAGGAAGUUCAUCAUCCAGAGGUUCAACAGGGUCACGGGGUCAAGUAGCAGGACGAGGCAGGGGAGCUGGUGUAGACCGUAGUGAGGAGAGGAGAUGAACGGAAGACAGGAAUGUGGAGAAGAACCAGGUGGUAGGUGAGGCAUCUGACAGAGGCACCGCUCACUCUCUUCUCACUCAGCUUUGUACAGAAUGAUUUGCCUUGUAUGAAAAGAUUAAAAUUUCAAAAAAAUUGAGAAAGAAAAGUUUUACGUUUAAUUUAUGACAUGUCGCUGGACAUCAGGAAAAUCCAUGUUAACUUUGUAAAUAAUUGGGAAUAAUUUUGUUUUUGUUUGUUUCUAAGCAUUUCCUGGCCUUCUGGUGAACGUAUUUAUAAAUGAUAAAAAAAGUUGGAUAUUAUAAAGGUUAUUGUCUGAAUGUGCCAAUCUUUUUCAAUAGCAAGUAUGCGUCUAACAGACUGAACUAAAUAUAUAUAUAUUUGCACUCUGUAAAACAAGCACAACGCAUUCUGGAUUUGCCCAUCAGAUCCCCUAGGCCGCAGGGCAGCCAUCUUGGAAAAUACUACUGCGCUUCCUCUAAUUGGACAGAGCAACCGCUGCCUGUAUGUCAUAUGAAUGUUACUGUCUGUGCGCCAAGAUGAUGUUUCGAUAACGGACUGCAAUGCUAAAGUGAAUAUGCGUUGGUACAAGCUGUUAGUUAGUGCCCACUCGGUGAGAAACGUUCUGUUUUGAAGAGAAGGCAUGAUGGAAGGGUGGCUGCUGGUAUAAAGUUUUAAUGAGAUUGAAUGUAGCCUGAUAUUUUGUUGUAUUAAAAACAUUUCAUACAAAUGUUCAUUAGAUAAAAUAUGAGUGGUUAUUUAUCUAGAGAUAUAUAGAUACAUGUAUGGUUUGAUGCUCAUGGAAGGAAACUACCUGAAAAUCUGAAAAGUUCGAGAUGUGAUUCAAGCGGACGUUUUGUCCGUUUUAAGUUGGAUUUUCUCACAUCUCAAAAUGAGAGGUGGCGUUGGCAAAAUUACAGAGGUAGGUUUUGCAGUUUGAUUCUCCUAUUGCUAUCAGGCACUAUGGUAAAGGCUGCCAUUUUGUGGUCAACUUGAUGGUCUCCCCUCUAGUGAACAGAAACUUGGCUGGGUUGUGGAAUGGUUCCCUGCCUAAAGCUUUCAAUCUGUGCUUCAGUGCAAGGAUCUCUGUGCUCCGAGUUGUUUCUAAGUAUUGCUUAAAAUUAUUUAAGCCCUUACCACCAGCAAGUUUUUAUACUUCUCUGAUUUGGUUCCUGUCCUCUAUCUGGGUGUUCUGUUUUUCUGAUUCUUUAUUAACAAUGACCGGCCAUGUAUCAAAUAAAUGUGCACUCAUUUUAAGAAAGAACAGGACUGGAAUAAUAGGAAACCCUUCAUGUUUCCCACCAUGUUGCAGCUAGUUAGUGGACUUUCCAGGGUUAAACUGAGUAAGACGGAACUGAGAUUGCUGCUCUGUCCUGUGUAGGCUAAUUAGAGAUUGGAUGCUGAUGAUAGCUCAACAGUUGACCCCAUCAUUCUGAGAAGGGCGAGAUGUGUGAAUUCAAAGCAAGACAGAAUAGGGUUUAGCUUAGUAUGAUACCUCCUACUAUUUAAGAUGCUUGUGAAAAAAUGUUCCAAUGCAUUCGAGGCUUCAGGCAAAGAAGGAAUUUAAGGAAAUCAAAGCGCUGGCUGGGCUUUUGAAUCACAUAUCUCAGGAAAGCUGCAAAGUUUAAAAUAUCCUUCACUUUUAGCCAUAAAAAUUUACAUAUUGGAAAGCCCAAAAUUUGAGCAAGGAGCCAUAUUUACAGUAGGACUAUAAUAUUGUAGUCCAGUCUCCAAUUGUUCUUUACAAGCAAGGAUUGCAUUAUGGAAAUAUAGAAUCAUACAGCUCUCAAACGUAAGACAAAUAAAAAUGCCCCUGAUAUAGAAGGCAACAGUUUUAACAGACAUUAUUCCACUGCUGUUAGCGCUUCUGUAUUGUGCCUGUUUUACCUGGUCUCCCGAAGAGAAGGAAGCAGGAAUCCCAUAGUGUACAUAGGUGUCCGGUUGUAAUUCUGAUAUAGUUCCAGAGUACCGAUAAGCAUGCAUGUAUCUCAUGAGCUCCGAAUUGUCUUUAAUCCAACACAACUAUGUACAAUAGGAAGUGGCUGUGUAAGAUUUUUUUGUAGGGGCAGGAUUACGUUAUUUGUGGUGGUAUGUGGGUCAUGUGGCAAGCAGAGGGAAUAAUGACACUCAGACCAGAGGUGCUUUGCAAACACAAGGUGGUGUUGUCUCGAAGCUUUGGUUAUAGGACACCAACAACCAGUGUGUUUGCUGAUUUACAGAGGUAAAGCAAAGUGAAUAAGCUCGAGAAAUGACAUUUUGUAGAACUAUGCGCCUUACAGAGUUAUAAAUAAGAAAGCCCGAAAAUCUAACAGUAGGAUUGGUCAAUACACAAGGAUUUUGUGAACAAUCACACUCCCUCUCAAACAGCUGAAAGCAUUCUAGUGUUUUGUUAUUCAUUGCCAGUGUAAAGUCAAAUUGUACCAAAAAUGUUAUUGUUAGACCUGACCAAAAAUAUUCUGGUUUUCUCUAACCUGAA